UAUGUGAAGAAGGGUUGCGGAGGAUCAAGUUCAAGAGAUCACAUCAGCAACAUUCCUUAUGAUGUUCUUUAUAUGAUACUGUAUCUGUUGCCUCUGAAGGAAUUGGUAGCAACAAGCAGUCUCUCCACACAAUGGAGAUAUAUAUGGUGUAAGUUAGCGAAACUUGUUUUUGAUGGCACUGAAAUGUUAGGAAACAUGGCCAAGGAUCCAAAGUCGCGUGCUUCAGACCGAGAGAAGUAUGUAGCUAUGGUGAAUAAUGUCAUUGAAAAUCAUGACUACCCAGUCAUUCUAGAAUUCGGUAUUCAUUUUGAUUUAGAUAAUAAAUAUGAGGAACAUAUUGAUGAAUGGCUCCGGUUUGCUGUAAAAAAGAAGGUUCAGAUUCUAGAACUAGAUAUGACGAAGAUUGGUAGGAAAGUUGGUUGUCAUGAAAACUACAGUUUUCCUAGAAUGCUAUCGGAUCCUGAAGAAGAAGAACCAAUUGAAUAUGCGUGGCUCAAUACUGUGCGGAUCCCCUUUCUAAAAAAGUUGAUCUUGAAGAGUGUUGAUAUCUGUGAUGGAGUCUUGCCUCAAAUUCUAGAUAAUUCUCCUAAUCUUGAAACGUUAUCCCUUCAUGGUGUAGGAAAGUUAUCAUGGGUGCAAUUUGGUGGAAAAGGUGGAAUCAGGCUGAAACACAUAGAAAUUGUGUCUUGUUUGAGUGUUACAUUCGUUCAUCUAUUUAGAUUUGACCUCGAAUCGUUUGUGUACAAGGGUCGAGCAAAAACUGUAAGGCUCAUAAGUCUUCCCCUUCAAGCACUUGAUAUCGGAAAUGGACUUGCUUGGAUGGAAAAUCGCAAUUUCAGGAAAUUGCGAGAUUCUCUUCCUUUCAUUCAAGUUUUUUCAAUCAACAUUAUCUUUCCAAAGAAAAGCAUGGAGCUUGGUAUAGUUCCCGAACUACCAAAUGUAAAGAAAUUGAGGCUGACGAUUGAAGCUUGCAGAGAUGAAUGCUUACUAGAAUUUACUAAAUUAGCUAAAGCUUGUCCGAGUUUGGAGACUCUAACAAUCGAGUUACGCUGGGAUUCACGGAUGAAAAUGAGAUGGGAUAGUGUAAGGCGUGUUGCUAGUACCCCCCACGAUCAACUGAAGACAUUUGAAAUUGUGGGAUAUUAUGGUCGAAUCAGCGACUUUGAACUUGUUGUCCAUAUCAUAGAAAAUGCUGCUAGACUCGAGAAAAUAUUGAUUGAUACUCGCCACCACAGUGAGAAGGGAACCACAGCUGUGAAGAAAGAGGAAGCUGAAAGAUCAUUUGCAAUGCGACGUCGACAACAACUUGAAUCAAUCACUCUCAGGGAUGGCGUGGAUUUGGUAAUUCUCUAG